UUUCUCUCCCACUUGUACAACCUCAACCUGUCCUCCCCCUAACACUUUGAAAGCGAAGGAGAAGGAGAGCCAUCCCCUCGACCGAUCAAAGAAAGGAAGGACUAGCUACCACAAACAUCACACCAAAGUACAUUACAACAACACCGUAGUACGAGAAACAUGGCUCGCCUCGUCGCGUUUUUCACGGUGGUCGUGGUCUUGGUGGCGUGCCUGUGCGCGGCGGCAUCGCUGCCUUACGCCAUGGCCGGCAGCGGCGCGAUGAACCUGCACCCUUCCUCAAGGGGGCUCAAGUCCUGCGACGGCACGCUGGGGGACUGCGUGGCCGACAACGACGAGUCCGAGACGAGUUCCCCGCUGAACGCCGUGGUGCGGCGGUCGCUGGCGAGGAAGCCGACGGCGCGGUACAUCAGCUACGGGGCGCUCAAGGCCGACCAGGUCCCCUGCAACAAGCGCGGGCAGUCCUACUACACCAACUGCGCGUCCAUGAAGCAGGCCAACCCUUACCAGCGCGGGUGCUCCGCCAUCACCCGAUGCGCGCGCAACAUGAACUGAUCCCAUCCAUGCUGCUGAUCGAUUAUAUUCUGGGUGAUCUUCCGUUGUGCAUUUUUCACUUUGCUACUGAUCGAUCGUUUAGUAUGAUCAAGGUGUGUUAACUUUCAGUUGAUUUUUCACUUUGCUGCUGAUCGAUCUGAAAAGUAAGUAGUAAUAAAAUAGUUCUAAUUUGUCGUUGCUUAGUCUUCUACGUUCAUUUAGUAUGUAAAUUUGGUGUCUUUUCUGGCUGUGUCGGUUGAUUUUGCGUGUGUAUAUGCACGAAAAUAAGGAUUAACACUAUGUGGUCGCUUGGCUGGCUAAUUGAUGUGCAUGGAUCUGUCUUCGUUCGCA